CUUUGGAAUCGUAGUCAAUCUAUCCCAACAAGAUGACACCCUCUAUAUCGACUCCGUUUUCUUGUAUAUCAACCAGAGUAUUUCUAUGCCAAUCGACCAGAUCACUCUCAACCUCUCCCCCAACAUCGUCCUCCACCAAACACUCCCCCAAACCAUCUUUACUCACCAACUCUUCAAUCCCUCAUAUCCCUUUUCCCAGAGUAAGCAGAAGACGAAAAUAUUCCACAUCGAAAUCUUACCAGGAACAACGAACGAAUGUAAAAUCAGAGAAAGAACAUCCUAAUAUUAUCAUACAUGAAAUACCCAACACGGCUUUGAUAUCGGACGUUAUGAAACAAUUACGAGAACGUAGGAUUUUGACUGAUGAUCAUCCUGUCAAAAUCACACCUCCACCACCUUCUUAUCCUCGUCGAUUCCAUACAACUCGAUCUUGGCAUCUAUCAUUCCCUUCUUCAGGCAAAGCAUCUUUCAUUCUAAAAAGAAUUCGUUCUUCCCGUUUACCUUUAUUUCCUUAUUCAAUAACGACAUUCUCUAACCCUUCUCAAGGUAGAGUUACAGAUCGUCCUUUCUCUCAUCAUUUAGCUCAAUUCACUCCUCGUGAUCCGGAAGCAUGGACAGGUUUCAUGGUGAUGCGUGAUACAGAACGUGAUGUACCUGGUUAUACUUCUAGAAAAAUAAUUGUGGAUGGUGAAGAAUGGUUUGAAUGGGGUAAAAGAGCGAGUGGUAGGAGAAUAGUUUUGAGAGGUUUACCUGGAGAAAUAAGUAUAAGUAGGAUUGAGAAAUUGGUCGAAGGUUGUAAAUUGGAUAAAAGUGAGAAAGAGAAUAUUAAGAGAUUACCUUUAACACCUCGGUCCAAAUACUCUACAUUCUGUCUCACCAUGGACAGCGUAUCUGAAGCAUGGCUUUUGGCUCGAAAACUUCAUCUACGAUAUUACCAACCUCUCAAACAAGGAGACAGAUGUUUGGUACGUGCUGAAGUAUGUUAAGCGAAAAUAUGCAUACAUCAUUAUUGUGU